CAUGGGUUUGGACAGGCUGUCAGAGUGGUGGCUAGGCUAAGCUAGCACUGCCUCGCUUUCACCGGCUAGCUUUCUGUAGGAGAGGACAGAAAGCAGACGAUGGCCGGGGUUCAUCCUCAGGACGACCUGCUGAAAAUGACUCACAGAGAAAACUGGAGGGUGCAGCACGAGCGUCUGCACGUGAAGCACCGGGGUCAUGAGGCCAUGCAUGCAGAGAUGGUGCUGAUCCUUGUCGCCACGCUGGUGGUAGCUCAGAUCGUCCUGGUGCAGUGGAAGCAGAGGCACCAUCGCUCCUAUAACCUGGUGACUCUGGUCCAGAUGUGGGUGGUUCCUCUUUACUUCACCAUCAAACUGUACUGGUGGAGGUUUCUGUCCAUGUGGGGGAUGUUCUCCGUCAUCACCAGCUACAUCAUCUUCAGAGCCACCCGCAAGCCGCUGUCCUGCAGGACGCCGAGGAUGGUGUAUAAAUGGUUCCUGUUGAUCUAUAAGCUGAGCUAUGCAGUGGGGGUUCUCGGCUACCUGGCUAUUAUGUUCACCAUGUUCGGCUUCAAUGUCUUCUUCAGAAUCAAGGCAGAGGACUCGAUGGACGUGGGCGUUAUCAUGCUGUUUUACGGCCUUUACUACGGCGUCAUGGGCAGAGACUUUGCUGAAAUCUGCUCCGACUACAUGGCCUCCACAAUCGGGUACUACAACAAAGGAGGCAUGCCCAGCAGGAGCUUGACCAACGACAUCUGCGCAGUGUGCGGCCAGAGGAUCCUGGUGGACGUGGAGGAAGAAGGGUUCAUAGAAGACACCUACCAGCUCUCCUGUGGACACAUAUUUCACGAGUUCUGCAUCCGUGGCUGGUGCAUCGUGGGUAAGAAGCAGACGUGUCCAUACUGCAACGAGAAGGUCGACUUGAAGAGGAUGAUGAACAACCCCUGGGAGAAGACACAUGUCCUGUAUGGGCAGCUGCUUGAUUGGCUCAGAUACUUGGUCGCCUGGCAACCCAUCAUCAUCGGCAUCGUUCAUGGGAUUAAUUUUACCUUAGGCCUCGAGUAGAGCCCUGAGGAACUCCACUGUGGGUGUGUCUGCAAUCGAGUCAAGUUCAAAAACCUUUUUUUUGUUUGUUUGUUUUUUGUUUUUUUUGCCGCCGACUGCCAAAGUCAGUGUGGUGAAGAACUGAUUCAGGCUGCUUCCUAAGUCUUUUGUGCCAUGUUAUUGCACAGUUUCCCACAGACUCGUCAUCUGAGGAGGUCCAGGACUCCGGGGAUGGUGCAGCCCGAAACAAUGCUGCCAACCAGAACAGUAUUAAAGCACAGAGCGAGUGUUUGACGAUUAAACCAGAGGAAGGAGCGAACUUGUAUGGAACAAACUCAAUCUCAUGCAUGCUGUUUGCGUUGAGAUAAGACGCUGGUUUACUGUAGUUGCUGCUUUUGUUGACAAGUUUCUGCUCAUUACACUUAAUACGUUUAAAAAGGCUUCAGUUCUUUCACAUUUUAUAUUUCAUAUUUUAUGUUGGGGUCAACAUGUCACAUUUCAAAAUGUUAACAAGUUGUGAUAUUUGCACUUUUCAGGAGCAACGGUGAAACCUGAUGGAUAUAUACUGUUUCAAAGGGAAAUAUUAAAGUAAGCAAUCACUACUGUGACAUAGAUAUUCCCCAAAAUGCAGUGCCACGGUUAUAAGCAUCCAAUAUCCACCUACAGCUCUGUUUUCUUUCCCCCAUCAUGGUAGCAACACGCAAUUAACAGCAGCAACACCAUGCAACCACGGAGGAAGUUGUCUGAAAACUCUCUUUUGCCAAAUUAAAUACUGGUUUCUUUUCUUUUCUUUUUUUUUUUUUUAUCAAAACUACUGCUGAUAGUAGCUUUGUAUUUAAUAAAUAUUUAUUGAACCUUA